UUAUGGCUUUACUUGAGUAUUCAAAUUCUUGUAUUUGGUAGUAUCCGUUUGUUACACCAAAUCUUAUCACAAAAAUAUCAAACAUAUUCCCUUACAUUUCUUAUUUUCAUUACCCCUAAUAAACCUUAUUAUAUAUUCAUACUCGACCUCCACCUUUCUCUUCUUUUCUCUCUUCUAUAUAUAUUCUUCAACCAAAACUAUCAAAAUAAAUUCAUAAUUUUACUAUGAUAUAGUAGUAAAUAAUUUAUCUAUAUAAAAAAUGAAGCCAUUAAAGUUUUUGACAUCUUCUACAAUUGUUCUUUUAUGCGCCUUUCUAAUAACCACAUAUUUUCGUUCUGGUUCAAAAUUUUCGGAGCUAGAGUUUCUACCUAUAGAAGGCGCUUUCGGGCCCGAAAGUCUCACGUUUGACCCUGCCGGAGACGGGCCGUAUGCUGGCGUUUCCGAUGGCCGGAUUAUAAAAUGGGUCCCCCAUCAACGGCGUUGGGUGGACUUUGCCUUCACUUCUCCUCUAAGGGAAUUUUGUGAAAAUCAAACCAAUCAUGAAAAAAUGGAACAUAAAUGUGGGAGACCAUUGGGCCUUCGAUUCAAUGAGAAGACAGGAGAGCUUUUCAUAGCUGAUGCUUAUUUGGGCCUGCUUGUUGUGGGCCCAAAUGGUGGGCUUGCUAGUAGAGUUGUAACUGAAGUUGAAGGUGUACCACUUGGGUUUACUAAUGGGCUUGAUAUUGAUCAAUCUACUGGGGUUGUCUACUUUACUUCUAGCAGUACCAAUUAUCCAAGAAGGAAGUAUAUGUCAUUGAUUCUUAGCAAUGAUAAGACAGGAAGAUUGCUAAAGUACAACCCACAUACAAAACAAGUAACGAAGCUUCUCGACAAUCUAACCUUUCCAAAUGGAGUAUCCUUGAGCAAGGAUGGGAAAUUUCUGCUACUAAUUGAGACUACUACUUGUAAACUGCUAAGUCAUUGGCUCGAAAACAGCUCAAAAGGCGGUACCACUGAAGUGUUAGCUGAACUCCCAUGCUAUCCAGACAACAUAAACAGGAACUCCAAAGGAGAAUAUUGGGUGGGAGUUUAUUCAAAGAGAAGUAAAGUUUUGAAGUGGCUUCUUUCAUUUCCUUGGAUUGGACAAACCAUUGUUAAACUUCCGUUUAAUGCCGUCGAAUUGGCUAAGGUUUUUGUAAGGUUGAGAGCAAUUGGUUUGGCUGUGAAGAUGGAUGAAAAUGGGAAUGUAGUGCAAGUGUUGGAAGAUACUAGUGGUAAGUUGAAGUUUGUUAGUGAAGUGGUGGAAAAAGAUGGGAAUUUGUGGUUUGGUUCUGUUAUUUUGCCCUUUGCUAGUUUGUACAAGAAUUAUGAUGCACAAAGUUAAUUGAAAUAAAUCAAUAAUAUACUACAUCUGUUAAUUUUUAUGUGCAACUUUGGGGUAUUAUUUAUGAGAUAUAAAAUAUUUCAAAGUUGCGUAUAAAAAUUAAUAGAGGUAGUAGAUGGUAUAAGGAUGUUUCAUGUUUGCAUAGAAAGAAUUUGAGUGUAUGUACUUAAAUUAAUUAUUUACUACUCCGUAGUAGUGUAUUUAAGUUCAUAUAUAUUAAAAUCAAUAUUAAAAUUUGAAUAUUAUA